GUUACACCUCCGUGCAUAAGCGAGCUCAAGCAUCAACCAACUGGCGAUGUUUUGCAACGAAAGAAGGAAUAAAUCUGCUUUGUUUUUAUUUUUACUAACCAUUAAUGUUUUCCACCUAUGCGGGUCCAUACCACCAGCGUCGUGGAGGGGCAGUAUUGUUCCCCACGGAAACCAAGAGUCGGCCUCAACCGUGCGGGAACUGGUUAAACAAUAUUCCCAUCAAGGCUUCCUGGAUAGUCAGCUUGCCAAAGGAAGAAAACUGCGCGAAUCUGAAGCAUCUUAUAUGAAACACCUUUUUAAGUCCGAAGAUCAUGAGCCUGUUGAUCAGAGCAUUGUGCCAUGGACCUGGACCAAUGGUAAGGUAACCACACAGCAAAGAGUAGCUAACAUUGAAGAUGGAUAUCAAGGACAUGUCACAGGUUCUCGUGGAGUCUAUGGGAAGGCACUGUUGCCAUCAUCUGACUCCUUUCCACAUGUCUCUGAUUGGCUGGCUAUGAACCCUGUGCUAAUGUGUUAUCAUGAUGUCAUGACAUUCACAGCUUACAGAAAAGGAUUCACACAACUCUUUGUGGACACAGGGGGAGCAUAUCCCAUCUCCCUGCUGCAGCUACCUCCAUAUUGUGGUUACACUGUGAGGACAUCCAGGAAUGACCUUCAAAUGAUUGUGCCAUAUGAUGCAUGCUACAUUACCCAGGAGAAUGGCAGUUAUGUGUUACCCAUGCUUUGGCGGAACAGCCCACUGAAGCUUACCUGUCCAGCACAGAUACCUGCAUCGUUGAUCCCUGACGUCCUCUGCUCUCAUUACGGCAUGGCGGUGCAGCUAUACCAGCAAGAGAAGGAUCUACCGAUGCUGGGAGUCCUAGUAAAUGGAGGUUGGGCUCAAUUUGUGUCUGCCCAGUGUGCAUACCGUGUUGACUCCCAGCUAGAGAAUCUUAUCUUCUUCAUCUCUUUCAUUGCCCCUUGUGUCACCAUUGGAGAUGGACUGCAACUGCAGCUUGUUUUUGAUAGGCAAGAAAUGAUCCUCUCAUGCCCUGUCCCCUCAACUGCAUCUCGUUCACCUCCUGGUGGUACACGGCAUAUGCCAGGUACUGGUAGUCCUUCACCCCAGUCUCCUUCUCCUCCCUCUCCAGUCCAGGAACCAAUUGCUUCACUUCCUGAUUAUCUCCACACUACAUACCGUGAGUUCCUGUACACUAAAUUUCCUCAGUUCUACUCUCCUGGUCCAGAGCCUGCCAGCCCCCCUUCAUUGUCUCCUGGCAGUCUUCCUGGAGCCACAUCACCUCAUCAAAUCCACAACCCAUCAAAUGUUUUACCUGCUGCAUCUGGAGCGUCAUUCGAGGAUCAGAUUGCUAAGCCUGACUAUCUCCACAUUGUUAAACCUGGGUUCCCGUAUCCUAUCUUUUCUCAUGUCUCUCCUCCUGGCUUUCAGCCUGCCAGUCCUCAACCCACCUCUCCUCAAGUUCCCCACCAACCCAAACUUCAGGAUUAUCUUCAGACACCUUUCUAUGUAAUACCUACAGCACCUUCCAUGCAAGGACAAGCUGCUCCUCCUUCCAGCCGCCUUUUCCAUCCACCAAAACAUCCCUCUGGGCCACAUGACCAACUUCCAUCCAACUCCUAUGGCAUUUACCAUCCAUAUGAACAAUUGUUUGACCCAAAAGAAGCUAAUGACAUAAGGCCGCCUCCUAUGUCAUACCCUAACAUUGUCCGUCCACCUGCUGCAACACCCACCCAAAAACCUGCCAUCCCAAGCUACCUUUUUCCCCAAGCCCCACUUUACUUCCUUCCGCCUCCACAUUCGGAACAUCUACAUCCCACUUGCCCCCCUUAUGCUGAGACACUGUGUGGCUACUACCAGCACUCUGAUCCUUAUAGCUUCCCCUCCUAUUUGCCAGUACACCCUCCUGUGCCCCAUUUCCCAACUGAGUCACCGGCAACUACACAAAAACCUGUGCUGCCUUCCCCGUCUAAACGCACUCCACUGCCCCCACAUUAUCAUUGUGAAGUGGGCAGUGUUGUAGUCUUCCUGCCUACUGCUCACCCACAUCUUAUCCAGGUGAAAGAUCAAGAGACAUGGCAGUCCCUAUCCACUGUUUGUGGGCAUAAAAUCCACAUGCCAACAAUAUCUACAGUAAUCCUUUAUUCUCCUCUGCCUGGCUGUUACACAAUGUUACUGUCUCCCACGGUCGUGUCCAUGUCCGUGAGGUAUUUGGACCUCUCAUCCAAGCGUUAUCACACGGUGGACCUCAAAUGCCCAUACCAAAGCACCACUCCCACACCAGUUACCCCAUCCACACCGCCAGCCCAAUUCGGCAAGACUCAGAUAAACCCUACUGCCGUUGUGAAGCCCAAAGUCUUCUGCUCCUCCAAACAGAUGCUUGUGAAGCUUCCACCUGGUCCCAUCUCUGGAAUUGUUCUUAAAGAUGCACAAGGAAAUGAGACAAGUGUCCAGGAUGCUUCACAGCACUGCGGGUAUUCUGCCAACAUAGGAAAAGAUGGUAAAAUCCAUUUGAGACUCCCGUUACAUACAAGCUGUCAAAUGAGUAUGCAGGAUAACAUGUACAUCAUCACUGUCGCCUAUAUGACUCAAAGUGGACAAAAGGGGGCUCAGUUUUACUGUCCAGUUUCCAACUCUUUAGCUGGACAAGAUUGUAACCUUCCCAGCGAACAACGUCUCCCCUGCGGACAAGGCCCUACAUCCCAGCCAUCAUGUCUCUCCAUGGGCUGCUGCUUCAGCAAGCACCCCCCUGCCUGCUAUUACCCCAUGGACGAGUGCACAAUCGAUCGCCACUUUGUCUUCUCUGUGCCUGCAUCACUCACGGAGCCCCCACUGUCCCCAUCCCUCUUGGUGGUUGCAAACAACUCCACCUGUAAACCAGUAAAAGCUACUUCUGAGUAUGCUUUGUUCAAGCUCCCCAUGGAUGGCUGCGGGGCUCGCAGAAUGGAAAUGGGGAAAUCUUUGAUCUAUAUGGUGGAAGUUGUCAACAUGGUUCAGACCAUCAGCCUUAAUUAUGGCACCAUCACAAGAGACUCUCCUGUUAGGUUGCUGGUGGAGUGCAGGUAUCUACCAGGUAGUGUCCUAACUGUGAGCUACUUGGUGAAAACUCCCACUCUGGCACCGACCGUCCAGACUCAGGGGGUAUUUGGUGUCCAGCUCAGACUUGCCAAAGAUGCUCAGUACACCAGCUACUACCCACAGUAUCACCAGCCCCUGCAGAUGCUCCUGGGGAAACCCCUCUACCUGGAAGUACGGAUGCUCAACGCCCCGGAUCCCAAUUUGGUGCUGCUGGUGCACUACUGUGUGGCCUACCCACGCUCUGGCGAAGCUGUGUGGGUGCUGCUUUACAACGGAUGCCCCAACCCAUUGGACCCAGCCUCUCAACAAGUUGUGCUGUCUCAUCCUGAACCACCAUCCCCUCAAGGUCAAAUCCGCCGCUUCACCAUGAGCACCUUUCAGUUCCUUCCUGAUCAUGAGAUCAAGGAUCCAGAUGAGGAGAUUUACUUCAUGUGUUCAACUGAAGUCUGCUCACCGCAUGAUGGCCCGUGUGUCGAGGGUUGUUUUGGUCAUUGAUGUCAUAGAAUGGAAGGCUUGACUGUAACAACCUGGCAGCAGACAUUAGCUCUUCAAGGCCAGAGAGGGUGUGUAUAUGUGUGUGUCACACAGCAUUACAAGUGGAAAUGGUAAUUAAAAAAAAAAAAAAAAGUGUUAGACAUUAAUGUUUACACUGGUAUGCUUAAGAUUUGAAGGGGCUCACUUGGUUACUUUCAAUGUGUGCAAAACUAUAAAAGUAAGUUUUUACUGACUUCCUCUAUGGUGGGGUUUCCAUUGUCAGCUUUGUUUUUUAAGACCCGCCUGUAAGACCCCUGUGUCUGGUCACAUGAUGGCAGUACAGAUUGCAAUUCAUCCCUAUUUAGUGGAACCCUCAUAAUGUGUUGGGCACAUGUGCAACAAUGAAUUAUGGUCCUCAUGUGGUCCCACUCUAGUAGUCUCACCACCCCUCUCUUUGUCACUGUUGAACCAGUCUUUUUAAACUUCCAUUACAACACACACACACGCACCCACAUACAGUACACCUAUCUGUUUGUCUACUGUGAAGUUUAAGAUUAUAAAUGGAAAAUAAUGGAUGAGAGAAGGCGAUACAUAUUGCUACCGGAUAUGUCCAUUUGUGAGCCAUAAUUCAUUACCAUACUUGUACCUGUGCCAACUCUAAGACGUCUAUGUGCCCCAUCACAGGGCCCAGAUGCCUAUUCUCCAUUUUCAUGAUAUGUCUCCCUGUUUUGCUCAUCAUUUCUUUGACCCCAUACUGGUGCCAGGUAAACAAUGGACAAAUUAAAAACACUG